UUAAGCCUUUACAUUUAGACUCGAAACCAUGGAGCCUGAACUAUCUUCUUUCACUCGCCCAUCUUUCUCAUCAUCUUCGAUCUCACGUUUUGGCCACCACUCAAUGCAUACUUUUCGACAUAUUUUUCUUCAAAGAAUGUGUUUCGGUUUCUUUGUAUCUGUAUUUGUACAGGAAUUGGAUUCCCCCAUACAUUGUUUGCAUUUAAUUUUUAGGACAUAUAAAACGUCAAUCUUCCAGCGUUUUGUUCAAAGUUGAAGGUUUUUGAUUGUGGGUUGUGUGUGUUUUCAUGUCACAGAUUGAUAGAGAAGAAAGGAGAUUUAUUAUUUGUGCUAGUCUGCAAUUCCAGAAUGUUUAACGAAGAAGAGUUGAACUUAAUGAGGGGUCUAAGGAGAGGACCCGACUUCAUCGAGGUGGACUGUGGCUGCACAAACAAAAAGUAUGGAGAUAUCAUUGGGAAGCUGAAGGUUUUCUCAAAUGGCCAAUUUGUUAUCGACUGUCAAUGCUCCAGGAGGUGUACCGAACGGAAAUUGACGCCGUAUGAUUUUGAGAAGCACUCUGGAAGGCCUGGGAACCGAAAGUGGACAUACCACAUCUGGGUGCACAUCAAUGAAGAUAAAGUGCCAUUGUACAAAACUGAGCUGCUCAAGUACUACAAGCAUGCGGCAAAUGAAGUGUCAGCAAGCUGCCGUGGGAAACGAACUUUUCAUCGUGAUGAGUUCAUUCGCUGUGUGAGAUGCAAGAAGGAGCGCAGGUUUCGUCUUCGAACCAAAGAAGAAUGCAGGAUUUAUCAUGAUGCUUUGGCUGCUAAGCGAUGGAAAUGUGUUGACAGGCCUUAUGACAAAAUAACCUGUGCUGUUGAUGAGGAGAGGGCCAGUCGCAAAAGCAGCAGGGGUUGUCCUCGGUUUCCAAACUGUGAAGGUUGCACAUCUUGUGUGUGUGUUGGCUGCCUCAAGUGCUGCUUCAAGGACUGCAGGUGCCGUUCCUGUGUUGAUUUCAUGCAGAAUGCAGAGCCUUAAGUGCCCUUCGUCAUCACCAAUUCUGCUGAAUUGCUUCACAAAAGCAAUUGAUCUAAAAUAAAAGGAAAUUUGCUUUUCUGUUAUGGACUGGUUGUAAUAAAAUUAUCGAACUUUCAGCUUUUACCUUCAUUCCCGGAGACCAAAUGGACAUGGUGGGCAACUGCUCUUUUUAGCCCACCUCAACUUCAGAAACCUUGACAGUUUUCAUGGUUGCUAUCAAAUGAAUAUCUUAAGUUUAUUUUAUUGCUUUUAGCAUGAUACAGAUUUUCCA